AUGACUUCCAUCCCCAAAAGCGUACCUGGGAACGAUCCCAGUGUUCUUCAAAACACGCAAAGCAAUCCGCCUUCACGCUAUCCUCCGCCACGCAAAGAGGCAAUCCAAGGAAGCUACGCGUACAUUCAGUACCGUCCCGCCUGGACAGACCCAGAUUGGCAAGACGAGGGUCUUGAACGAGAGAGAACAAACAAGGAUAAAAACGUUUUCGAAAUCCAUGACCCUAUCUUUGAUCGACUGCGACCUGCCUUGCUGCCUCGAGAUGCGUUCCGCAACCCUACCAUCUACGCCGAGCGAUUCAGUAUGUUUCCUGGUCGGACAGAUGGUCGUUCGAGAACAUCACCUACCCGAGCUGAUAGUCGAAAACUCUUCCCCGCCGACACGAAUAUACAGACGGGGAAACAAUUGUUUGAUCGCUUUGAGGAAUUGGCCAGAGACGCUGGGCAACAUGUAGACGACUACAUGGAUGUCACAAGACCGGAUCUGAAGAAUCUGAGUGCAACGGAGCAGCAGUAUAUGCAGCAGUACGAAGAUCUUAUCAUUGAUGAAAACUGGCAGAACAUUCUUUUUGGAAGUUUGACCAUGGACGAGAUUCUAGCCGAAGGGUAUCUCACCAUGUGCGACACGGAGCUGAACGAGCUAUCAGGACCUCUAUAUGAGCUAUUUGGCCGAGAUUUUUGGGUGGAUUGUCGUACACUUGGAGAUUCGGAACAAAAUCCUCGCUACAUGUAUACACUCAACGGUCAGCGUGAGGAGUGGGAUCCCCGGAACAACGACCGCGUGUGGAAUGCCAUGCAACCAGCUCUUCAGCUCGCCACGCGCUUACUCCUGAACAGCGAGGGAUUCGUCGAUGGUCUGCAAGAUAUCACGAAUCGGUUUUGGGUUGAAGAUCAUCUAUUCGCAGACCUUGCAGGUCAAGAUAGAACAAGAAAACUGAAAUUCAUGCGCGACACAGACACCGGGGGUCCUAGGAAGGUCAAUGGCGCACAAGAUAUUAAAGACAGUGGCCUUGAUGUUCUCGAACUAUCUUUCAGAGCCCUACGCCGAAUUAUUGAGCUCAAAUUGUCGAGUGGAUUUGAUAUGGGUAACAGGCCAACAAGAUUGUUGACCAUGGGUCAACAAAACGCACCAAAUUUCUUCGGUGAAAAUAGCAAGAUCGCUAUCGAUAUUGACUCUGAGCUGGUUUGGCCAUUGCUAGUGGACAAGUACACCAAGAGCGAAAAGUUAAUGGCUAACGUCAUACUCGCAACUACCAUAGCCCAUGAGAUGAUGCAUGCAUUUUGUUCUUCCCCCUUCAGCUGGCUGGGCAAUCCUGAUUCCUUUGGUAUCACUGACGCUGGGCUAAUCAUGGCCUGUCAAUCACUCGAUCUUGAACUUACAGAUUUUGUACAAUUCGAUCGAUGCAAUGAGCCUUACUUUGAGAAUGACAUUUAUAACGAGGUCGGGCAUGCUUUUGAGGAAAAUGUUCUAUCAUGUGGAUAUUGGCCUUUCGUCUUCGGUACUACAAACGCAAACAGACCGCCACUGCUCCAGGCAUCAGGUGGUCUCAUGUCCGCAAUAGUACACAGUGAAGGGUACGCCAAUGAGGCGCCGUGCCUCAAAGAGCCACUUAAUCAAUUCGUCACACUUAACCACCUUGUACGUUUCGAGGAUGUCAAGAAGUUCUUUUCUCAGAGUUUCUGGGACGUUGCGAUCAACAAAUAUGGCCCGGUAGCCCUGAGAGAACCGUCGAAGAAGCCUCACAAGUUCAAUUUCUAUCCUGCGGACAAAGAGUAUGGCGGGUUCGUCAUCACCCAGCUUCCUUCAAUCAGCGCCGACGACGCGCAGUGGCUCAAGAACUUCAGAAACGACUUGAUCAACAGGAACUACUAUGUGCUAUGGAAUUACCUUCACAACAUUAUAUUCGAAGAGGCUCAGUAUGACCUAAUGGAGCUUCGACUCGGACAAGCAAUAGCCAGAUGGGAUAAUGUGUCUCCUUGGAUCAAGUUGGGCAAGGAGGUUCACAUGAUCAUCUGUGAGUACUUGUCACACUUUUGUCAAACACGUCUGCCUCAACAUGACUCCCAUCUCCUCAAGUCACUCUAUAUGGCCUGGGACUCUAAGAGAGAAGCACUGGGGAGUGCACCUAACUGGGAAUCUAACCAUCUCUACCAAAAUUCGGCAUCCUUUCCCGAUAGAGAAGAACGUUGGCAUCGAAUGCUGCAGUCGUGGGAUAUCGAGGACUUCGAAAUGCGUCUAGUUCCAAAGCUCAUUGAAUUCACGAAAGCCGUUGGGAGAGAACUCGGACAGCACGAAAGCCUGAUCUGCGAGUUGUACCAAUGUGGGAGCCAGCUCUGGCAGCGCUGGAUUUCAGAAAACCCAUUCGAGUUUCGAAGUUGGCGACUGCACCUCGAAGAACUGAAAUACAUCUUCGGCGGCAUUAUCGAAUCUAUGCAAUUGGUAGAUGAGGGUAUGAAGGCCCUCGAUGGGGGGGACUGGGCUCAACGGAUAUGCACUCUUGCCCAAAGAGUCGAAGACUUGAUUACGCUGAUGUCCUUCAGCCCUACUCAGUACGACUGGCGUGACCUUAUGUGGACAAUGCCUAUGAUACGAAAGUCACGCCGUCUGCCACAUCAAAGAUAUUAUUUCCUCGCCAAGAAGGAAAUGAUGAAAAUGACAGGAAAGGAUCUGGCUGACCUUUUGCAUUUCAAGAAACGUUUCAGAGUACCUCUUUCACUUGGGACACAUAAAAUUCCCCUCCCAGGAACGAAUCCGGACGAGUUAAGCAUUGCUCAGCGGUUGUCUGGGACUCUGGAUGACGAUCGCGGGCAAACCGCUCGGGAUCAACAGAUCAAGGGACCAUCUACAGGCGUAUUCGAUACCGAUGCGGUAAAGAACCUGGUUAGUCAACUCAACCAGAAGGAGAAAGAAGCUCAAGAGGCCAAGAUCAACCGUAUCGCCGUACAGCAGCAAGGAAAAACUGGUUUUCAGACUCUGCAACAAGAUGCUGCGGCUCAGGCAUAUUGCCUACCUAGUAUCCAACCUAAGUUCCAGCAAAUGGGGGUGCAUAACCAGCCAAGUCCAUUUUCUGAAUUCAAACCUUUCAACGGUAGCAACGGUCCAUUUUCAGCUUACAAAACUACCACAUUCCCUACACAUCAGCCUGACCAACCUCCUGCUUGGAAGGCUAACUCUGCAAUCGAUCUGGCAGUCUGGGCGAACCAACCGUUAAACGGUGCCUCCCCAACCGCUCAUGGAAUCAUGUCCCAUCCCUAUGCCGUCCGCGCGACAGUCACGGCUGAUCUUCAAAACAUGGCUGGGUUCUCCCUUCCCAGGAGGGACCCCUCAACAUUUGCCAGCCACUUUCCUCGGGAAAGCGCGGCACCAAGCGAAACUCCCCUUGGGGCUGGUGUCCUUGGAGAUAUGGAUAAUCGAUUUAACGAGGAGUCUGAUCCUGAUGUCGAAAUGGGAGAUGCUGAAAUGGGUGGUCAUGCGGGUCGAGCCACUGCAGUGCUAGAGUCUGACUACAGUAGUAGCGAUGCUGAAACCUCGGAAGAUGAGGAGUCAUUUACGAGAGAAGGUAGCGAUACCACUCUGAGUUGGUCCUCGGACAACGAGAGUGACAAGGCGAGCACCGGAAGUGACGAGUUACCUCUUUCCAAGAAGGGAGAGAAACGUCCGAGCUUGAAGCGUAAAUCGAGCUGGUCAGCCGUUGACAUAAAGACGAAGAGAGUUGGGGUUUCAGUGACUAAGAGACGGAGUCCAAAGGUUGGGCAAAAGAAGGCAACUGAUUACAGGAAGCCAACGGGUGGAUCUUUGGGUUGGAGGAAGAUUUUGUCGGGACUAUCCGGUGCCUGA